CUUUUAUAAUCCUUCCACCAUCUCCCCUCUGAUGGCGUAACUAACUCCUCAAACCAUGACACCACUCGGUUUCUUCCAAUUCUUCAAGCGCAAGAAGAAAUGACCUGCUAUCCUUCUCCCACAUCAGUGCGAUAUACAAUUGACCCAUGGAUUCCCUCUCCCUCACCUCCGCGCAGGUCCAGUUCAUGGACGACAGACUGGCCCUCGUCCAUAUCCCCCUGGACCUCUAUCCCUACUUCCUCCAGCCCAUCCUGCAGGUGCUCUUUCACGAUGUCUCCCCUGUCCAGGAUGAAUCGUCCCACCCCCUUAAGGCCCCCCAGUCGGCCUUUCUGAACCUGUCUAUCACCCCCGUCGAGUGCUCCGUCAUGUGUCCCAGACAGCUGGCGGACCUGUACUUUGCUCCCUUGAUCCACCGCUUCGCUGGCACGGCGUCUUCGGACCGUCUGGCUAUCAGCCAGGAUGACUUUGUUGCCAUGCAGGUGUAUGGGGAGGGGCUUAAGGCUGGCCAGCGCGUGCUUGAAUUGACGAGUCCGUUGGCUAUGGCGGGAAUCUCCAUCUUCUUCAUCUCCACCUACUUUUCCGACUACAUCAUCGUUCCCCUCCGCAGCAAGCAACGGGUCAUCGACGCCCUAGGCAACCGCGGGUUCCAGUUCGAGAUGGACACCGAAGCCUUCGUCAACAUCAACCAAGCCACUCCACCUCCAUCAUCCCUCAACGAGCUCCAAACCCGGACCUUCGCCUCCUUGCGCAAGAAUGCCAUCGUCCCGUUCGUCGACCGCUCCCUCCGUCUGGUCCAAUGCGCCGCCCACCAUCACUACUCCUCCGACGCCAGCUCCAUCUCCAUCCUACGCGAGGCCCUCACCGCCGCCCUAGUAGUCGACCAACCCCGCUUCCUCUCCCUGACCCUCACGGCCGCCGACCCCGCCGCCUCGCUCCUCCUCGAGAAGCGCCUCCUCCCGCGCUUCGCCUCGUCCGACCCCGACGACGACUCCAGCCUCCUCCUCGGCGCCAAAGAGGACAUCCUCGUCCCUGUAAUGCUAGACCUGCGCAAGCUUCCCCCCGAAGCCACCGGCAUCGUCUGCGGCGUCGCCAGCCGCCUCGCCGACGCCACGCACGCCGCGGACUACCCCAGCGCGGUUCCAAUUGAAUCCCCGGUCGACGAGCCCCACUUUUCCUUCUCCGGUGGUGGUCACUCGAUCCACCGCCUCCAGCCGGACCUUGACGCGUCCCUCGACGCCGUGGAGAUCAGUUUCCUGAGCACAGCCCGCGCUGGCACCAUCCUCGUCGGUGAGCACGAGCUCAACCGCGCUAUGGACGCGCUCGACACUGAGAACCACACGUCAUCGGACGAGCUUCAACCUAGUUCAUUAUCUUACGAUAUAUGAGUGCAUAUAUAGCCUUACCCCCUCCCCUCUCUAUCAAGGGGGUAUGAGGCACUCUCUUAUAAUCUGACGUGACAUGACGUGACAUGACGACACAGCGGGUUCGCUUGGCUUGGAAAAGUUUGUUUGAUUUUCUUUAUUUACCUUUUUCUGGGAUUGAAAUUCAAUUUGCCUGUACUUUUAUAAAUUGAUGACGGGGGUAACAUGGGAAGAUGGCUCGUGUGCUUGGGACCGUCCUAUCUAAUUUAUCUUUUGAUACUAUCACUAAAUUGGACUGAUAUGUGGACUUAAUACAACCGGUUUCAAUAGGUC